UGUAGUCGUGGGUAGGUUGAGCCUUGCUUGAGUCCGGUUUUGUGAGGUUAGGGUUAGUGACUGGGUGACACUCGGCGGCGGCGGUGAGAUUUUUCGUGCAUAUUGUGCGAGUGCGUUUUCGCUCACGAGAAUACAUAUCGUACUCUCAGUGUAUCUUUUCUCUCUCUCUCUCUCUCUCUCUUCCUAUUUCCCUCAUCACACAUACAUAUACAGAACACAUAUACAGAAGACGAAAAGCUGACGGAGGAGAUCAUCGACGCGUCUCCUCGCGGUCGUUGUCGCUCUCGCGCGCGCGCAAGAGAAAGUGAGAAAAAGACAGAGAGCGGAGAUCUUUGUUUAUAUCGUGUGCACGAUAUAACGGUUAGCAUACGAGAGGGCACCGCGGCGGGUGGCAUCCACCGUGCGUGUCUAAAAAUAGCGACGGCGGCGGCGGCGGCGGUAUCGGCGGUUCCAACGGCGCGCGUCGACGCGGAUUCCGCCGUAGACGAGAAAGGACGACGAGUGUAGCGGGCGGACCAGCACCGACGGAAUCCUGAGAACGGGACGCGUCGCUGACACGAGGUCGAGGCGCGUGACACGCCAACGUGUGCGGCGCCGUCGCCCCCGCGUCGCCGACGACUGGUUUCCUGGACCUUUCGCAUCUUCCGCAUUCAGCGACCUCGCCGGCGACGAAUAAUUUACAAUGAAUCCGAAACGCGCCUCCCGGCGACCGAUGUGUCUGUCACCGCGAAUCCCGCAUUUCUCUGACAGUGGCCCCGUCGCCGUUUCUGAUUGAACGAUCCUGUAAACAUCGUCGCGUCGACAUCAAUGUCAACGACGUCGUCGAUAUCGUCGUCGUGAGUCCGUGUUUCUGUUUGUGCAAGCUGGGUCAAUCGCGAGGUCAUCGUAAGUACUGUUUCAGCUGAGCGAGCGAGUGCAAUGCGUCGCAUCUUCACGCCAGGCAAGCCGUGUCUUCUCGUAGCGUGACACUCCGCGAAGAGGCUGACGACUCGUCGUCGUCGUUAUCAUCGUCGGGUCGGCCAAGCGGCGCGAGAUGACACCCGAGGACUUUUCGUCUCGUGUUCGACACGCGUCGUCGGCUACUGCGAGAUAGAGUCGAGAGAUAACCGCGAACGAAAAAAAGGCCGAAAAGCGCUAUUUCCUCGCGAGCAAAUCUUCCCGCGGGCACGGCACACAAAGAGAGAGAGAGAGAGAGAGAAAGUGAGAGAGAAGGCCUUUUUUCUCGGUGGUAAGAUUGAAAUUCGACCAGCGAGCGCGCAAAUGAAGCGUAGAGCGCACCAGAGCAACAACGACGCGGGGCGACGACUGUUGGGGAGGAUACCACUAUCACCGGUGAGACCGUUCGUGCCGAUGGCUGAUUGCGAGCUCCAGAUGUGAGAGGAAGAGAGAAAGAGAGAGAGAGAGAGAGAGAGAGAGAGAGGAAUGAUGUCGCAGACCGCGGAUGCCGAAAGCGAGACAGGCUCUAUUUGCGACGAGGAACGCGUCCGGAAGCUGUUCCAAGCAUGCGACGGCGACGGCGAUGGAUACAUCGAUAGCCAGGACCUAUUGACGGUAUGCCGGGAAUUGAACCUGGAGAAUUCAGUGGAGGAAUUGAUGAGGGAAUUGGGCGCGGACGAGCACGGUCGCAUUUCCUAUCAGGAGUUCCUCAGACGGCGUCUUGCGCUGCGGCCGGAAAUCGAGGCGCUCAGAGCCGGCAAGCGACGCGGCAGCCCGCAUCACACCCACACGCCGGAAUACCUGCCGACCAGCAGCGACAACAGUCUCGGAACGGUGUCGGGACGGCACGAAAGCUGGGAAUUCGACAGCGGCGCGCGUGAUUUGUCGCCGGAACCUCACAGCCUGCAGAAAUUGGUGGAGGCGGCCGCCGGCGGUACGGGAAAUAUGCUGGACCUCGCGAAUAAGUUACACGCGGCCGCGCUAUCGUCGCUACGCUCCGAGGUCGCCGAGCUGAACUCGCGUCUAGUGGCGGCAACCCGCGCACGAGAGGCUGCCGAGGCCGCGCUGGUGAGGGCAGAGGUGCAGACGGCCCGUGCCGAGCAGCGGGCGGAACAGCAGGCGGCGCGGCACGAGGAGCGGCUCACCGAGCUGCAUUCCGUCAUCGCCGAGCUUGGCAGACAGCUGGAGAGGCAUCGCGCCACCGUAAUUGCCGAGGAGGACGAGUCCGAAGUCGAAACGAGCAGGGAUGCCGAGGGGUCCAUCACUAACCCGGUGGAGGAGAGCGAAGGCGGUGGGGAUAUCCAAGGGGACGGCGAUCGCACCUUGGGCGAUGCGGACUCCAGUUGCUGCGAGGACGAGAAUCGACCGGCUGAGAACGAUAGAGAGCAGCUGGGCAGUCCGGCCGCGUUGCCGACCCCGGAGCCGACGCAGCAAGCAGCCUCGUGUCAGAGCGUCGCCGUAGCGACGCUGCAGGAGGAGAUCACGGCGCUACGGGCCGAGAUCGUGAGCCUACAGGCGCAAUUGGCGCAUUUCAAGAGCCAGAAUCAGGCCGGCAGUCAGAGGCAAACAGCGGGUAGCGAUUCGCCGCGGCGGGAGAUCAGAACAAGAGGCAAUAACAGUUCACCGGAACCGCUGACGGCACCAUGCUCGCCUCUUUUGCCGCCGCUGCAAACACCACCGACGAAGAACGUAAUGAGGGAAGAAGCGCCAGUUCUGAAGAUGGCCGAGAGAGUGAGACUCAGGAGAACAGACGAGAGGCACAUCACCGGGCCGGACAUCGCUAAUCUCGGGGUAUGCUCCACCAUGGUCGCCGAGCAUCUUGUGUCGGAUCUCUUGGAGCAGUCGAACCUGCAAGAACUGAACGGUUCUGAGAAGCAAUUUGAGGUCGAAACUGAGCGCUUGAACAGUCGGCUGGAACACGCGCGAGCUAACAACGCGGUCCUGGCUCUCACCCUGCACGAGAGCAAGGCGCAAUGCGAUCGGUUGAGUUUACUGGUAGGCAAGUACGAGUCGAACGCGACGGCAUUGCGACUUGCACUCUCCUACAGCGAUCGCGCCAUCGAGGCCUACGACGUUCUGGUCGCGCUGCUGGAAAGCGAGAUCGCUCUCUCCACCGAGAGAAACAGUGCGACGAUCGAUAACAGGAGGGCUGCCGAGAACGUAGCGUAUCACGUUCUGAAUAGACUCGAAAACGACUGCGCUAAUGCGCUGGCCGCGCCCUGGGAAGACAGUAUGGUCUUAUCGGAUGAGUCGGAGGUGACAUGGUGCGUGGAGGACGAACAACGGCUUAGACGGCACAUCAGCAGACUCAAAGGAGAGCGUACCAUGGUCAGAUCGACGGCAGUCGAGCUGGAGAGUGUGCACGCGGAACCCUUAAACUCAAAGAACACCAUCUCCCUGGCGGAGGCCAGGAAACUUGAUCUGGAGACUGCCGUUCUUAUGCAGGAACUAAUGGCUAUGCGGGAGGACAAGGCCGAGCUACGUGCGAGGGUAUUUCUUCUAGAAAAGGAACGAGCCACGAUAGAACUGAAAUUGAAUGCCCGCGACACGCAGAUCGCGGCUCAGCACGCCACCAUACAGCACCUUCAAGGUCAACUCAGCGACGCGGAAGCUAUGCUCGCGAUGGCGACGAACAAGGAUCGAGGUUUGAGCGACAACGAGAGCGAAGGAAUGGAGUCCGAGCUAAUUGAAGCGCUAGGUAGGGAAGCGAGACUGAAGGAACGCUUGCAGGAACUAAUCUCGACCUUGGACGAGGUGAACAAAAACUCCGAGUUGCGACAUCAGCAAUCCGCCGAGCUCGUCAACGACUUGAAGAGAGCUAACGGCACAAGGUCCCUCACUUGUUCUCCCCAGAGCCUUGGUUCAAACCUUGGAGAAGUCGAAAAAGAAGUACCAGUCCAGACUCAAAAAGCUGGAGCAACAGAUGCUGGGGAUGGUAGAGAGGCAUGCCGCGCAGGUAUGACCGCAUAUAGGUGAAGACGUUGAAGCAACGCAUAACUCUGCUGGAAGAGGAAUCGAUGGGCUAUAAGGGAAGUAUAGCACUUCAGUCCCAAAGUUCUGGCGCUAGCGAAACGUCAUUAUGACAGUCGAGUGAAUAAAA